AUCACUAGAGUAACCAACUGUACCGACUAUCAGUGUCCUCAUAUGUGCGGCGGCCAUUUUCCUGUAGUCUCUAAUACAUGAUAGGUUGCCAAAUCCUCUGAGAGUGACGCAGAAGAGGGGGCGGAGUUAGGGAGUCCUCAGCCGCCAUUCUGGAGAUCCUCAUUACUACAAGAGAUAAUUACGUAGUGUGGAUCCAGAGAGUCUUUUUUUUUUUUUUUUAGAGAUUGUGAAACGCGUCCUGCAUAAUCACUGAAGAUGGACAAGAACCGGAGUCACACAACAGAGAGUAUACUAAAUAUCACCCUAAAGAUCAUCUACCUGCUGACUGGGGAGGAUUAUACAGUAGUGAAGAAGACAUCUGGUGACCAUCUGACACCCCUCAGUUGUGCCUCCAUCACUGUGUCUCCACUGCACUCAAUGAAACAUGACAGAGACAAUGACCAGAAGAUCCUGGAACUCACCGACAAGAUCAUUCAGCUGCUGACUGGACAGGAGGGGGAGUAUAUAGAGGAACACAGGGGUCUGUACAAGGAUGAGAUGAUGGAAAAUCACCGGCCCCUCACAUUAUGGGAUGGAACCAGUAACAGAGAUACCCCAGAGAGAUGUCCCCAUCCUCUGUAUUCUCAGGACUGUACAGAGGAGAAUCGCAGGACCCCACAGGAGUAUCAGGUUGAAGGUCUGACUUAUAUUAAAGUAGAGGUUACAGAGGAUGAAGAAGAGACAUAUAUGAAGGGUGUUCGUCAAUGUAAAGAGGAAGAAAUCCCUAUAGAUAUCAGCACAGCAGAUGGACAAAGGGACAGGAAUACCUCGGAGGGACAUCUAACUUUGUUUCCAGAUUUUAAAUCAGAAAAGAACAAGACAGAAGAUUCUGCAGGGGAAAAUCCAAUUUCACCAAUUAUGCAUCCAGAACAUCAUUGUGCAGAUGUAUCAUCUGAUCCUUCUGACAACGAGGAGUGUUCCAUUAAUUCAGAUGUUGGUACACAUAGUGCAGAUCCUACAGAUGCUACAGUCUUUCCCUCUUCUGAAUGUUUUAAAUCCUUUAAUAACCAGUCAGCCUUUAUUAGACAGAAGUGCAAAUACAAGUGCUCUGAGUGUGGGAAAUGUUUUACACAGAAAUCAAAUUUUGUUAUACACGAGAGAAGUCACACAGGCGAGAGGCCAUUUUCAUGUUCUGACUGUGGGAAAUGUUUUACACAGAAAUCAUAUCUUGUUAGACAUCAGAGAAGUCACACAGGUGAGAGUCCAUUUCUGUGCAAUGAGUGUGGGAAAUGUUUUACACAGAAGUCGAAUCUUGUUACACAUCUGAAACAUCACACAGAUAAACCAUUUUUGUGUACUGAGUGUGUGAAAUGCUUUACAUACAAAUCAGAUCUAGUGGCACAUCAGAGGAUGCACACAGGUGAGAAGCCAUUUAAAUGUUCUCAGUGUGGGAAAUGUUUUACGCGGAAGUCAAAUCUCGUUAUACAUCAGAGAAAUCACACAGGCGAGAGACCGUAUGCCUGCUUUAGGUGUGAGAAAUGUUUUACACAAAAAUCUGCUCUUCAUAUACAUCAGAGAAUUCACACAGGUGAGCGGCCAUUUCCAUGUUCUGAAUGUGAAAAAACUUUUACACAGAAGUCAAAUCUUGAUAAACAUCUAAGAAGGACGCACAAAUAAGAAACCGUUUUCAUGGUCUAAGUGUGGGAGAAGGCUCACACAUAAAUCUAUCCUAUGGUUUAGAACGGCGAGUAAUAGUUGUUAGCUUAUUCCCAUGUCCAUCUUUUUGUUGUAUGUUACACUUGAUCGUCCUUACAAAAUUCUGAAGUUGCGGAUGUUUUUGUGCAAUAGAAUGUGUUGCCUAGGAGCAACAGAGAGAGGAAUGUGAUAGUUUGAAUGGAAGGCAGGAGGGUUAUAAACGUAGACAAAAAGAAAAGAAAGAAGACUUUUUUGGCCUUUUUUUUUUUUUUAAAUAUAACAGGUGUUUCUGUAUGAAAUUAAUAUGUUAUGAUUUUUGUGUUAUGCUACUAGAUGUGCAGACGCUUCCCCACCUGUUACACUCUUUUUGGCUACAGUAGUGCCGGAUACUGCGAACUCUUUUUAGUUUUGUGCAAACUUAACAAAUCUUGGGGUUCUUUUCUAUUAUGCUAUGAAAUUAACUGUAAUAGGCGUAGAAUCCGCUUUACCGUUAUUAGUAGUUUGUAGCAUAUUGUGUAAAUAAAGUUUUGAUACAAUUUA